ACAAGCUCUUCCUAAACAAGCUCACCCAUGUAAAUAAAGGUACAGCCGUGUGUUAGGGAAAGAGCGAUGCGUUUGCCCGUAGGCAACUGUCUCGACAGUUGGCAGCGGCUUUCAGUAAAUUCAAAGUUGUGCGCACUGUUUUCAAUGGAGGACAACAGGAGAUAAAUCACGAUGGAGAGUAGUGUGUGGUUUGAAUAGUCGUUGCACCUAUAUCUAUUUCCCAAUAUUAUUUAAAUAAGACUGUUCAAUGAACGCAGUGUUAUUUUCCGAUAGUAUCAGUUUGGCCACUUUUGUAGAUAAUUUUUUCUCGCUUCUGCAUUAUCGACGUAGACUAGUGGCUCAUGUUGGGAGUAACUGGGCUGGGCGGAUGGCGUGUUUUCAUUUGUUCUAUUGCUUAUGUCGAGGGAUUUUUAUCGCAAGCAAUUGUUGAUGCGUAAGAGUGGUGUUCAGAAAGAGGUGUGCGAGUGCGUUGUUUCUCUGCGUUAGUGUCGGCAACAUAGUAUGUGAACAAUGUACACGAGCAGCGGCAUCAUAUUAACAGCGCUCCACGCUGCUGUAGGUGCCGGCAACUUGGAAGAUGUCAUGGAAAUGUUGGCGAAAGGAGCUGACGCCGAAGCCGCAGAUGCCUUCAAGGUUACAACCUUCACGAGAAUGAGGACGUCUGCUUACAUUGCUGUGCUGGCGCUGCUGUUGGGCAGUGUGACGACUGCCGACGAGCAUGACCGCAGUCACCUAGUCGAAAAGCUGCUGCGCCUCGGCUCUGGACAACUUGCUGCAAAGCUGCUACCAGGCCUUAAACUCACUCACGUCGGUGCUGUUAGACCCAUUUCCGGUGACGACGUGGAAGUCAGCAGACUCUCCUUCUCACUGGAUUCUACAACCCAAGAUGUGGAAGGAGUCCUGAGUGACCUUACCAUCUCUGGAAUCUCAUCGCUUAAAGUGAAGAGAACUGGUAGAACCAUCGAAGUUAGCGGAGACAUCACUAUGGAAGGAAACUACGAGCUGGCCGGCACUGUGAGAGAGGGCCGUCUGGACGGGGCAGGAGCAAUCAGCAUAAAUGCGCCUGGUUUUCAAGCCUCAGCUACUGCAGAUACCACAGCGAUUGACGACACCACAGCUAACGUCAACUCUGUGCAGUUAUCAGUGUCUGCACCAUCUGUUACGAUAACUUACGAGAACCUCGUACUGGACAGCUCAGGUGUAGAAGAAUUUCUGAAAGACCUUUUGGAACAUUAAAACAAUGAAAAAGGUUACUGUGCAAAGUGCUACUGGCUGAUCAAAAAGAGGAAUAGCAGAAGAAGGUUUCCCAUCAGAAUUUGGAAAAAUUCUACACUGGUGGUGGAUUGGUGUUCA